AUGGCUCCGACCAAGAACUCCCGCAAAGACCACGACGACCACAAGGGCGACGCUCCGGCCAAAGAAAAGAACCACGGCUCUGCAAAGAUGCGCCGCGGGGCCAGCCAGCAGCAGCACGCCGCCAGCCGCGAGCUGCCUCCCGCUCCCACAUCUGCGCCCGCCCAGCCGACCGAGCCUCUGCUCCCAAGCCUUCCCUGGUCCUCCUUCGAGCGUCGAUCGCUCCACGCCUACGUCCGCGAACACGAACUGACGACACCCGCCUCCUACUCCAGCUCCUUCCACAACUGGGUGCUCUCGCGACCUGGCAGCCUGGGCCUCCACUCUCCCACAAUGGUCCGCAAGCAGCAGAUCAAGCGACAGUCCAAAGACCAGCUCGCCCUGGCGGUGCGCAAGCACUUCAAUGGGCUUGGCAUCCAGGAGAACGACGUCAUUGUCGACUUCAUCUACAAAGUACGGAACCACCAGAGUCCGAAGAAGCAAGCGCCGACGAAACAAGCCCUCGCGGCAACCGAUUGA